AUCGCAACAAAGAGGUCAGCAUCCCCCGUCUCUCCGAAACACUCUUCUGAUGCACUGUCCUCUGGUAGCUCCUCCGGCCUCGCGCCUUCAUUUUCCUUGGGUGGAUCAGGAGGCAUGCCCCCCUCCUGUCCAGCUUCAUCAUCUGGUCGAUGAUGAUGCGUCCACCCCCAAGGGCCGUACUGUCUACACAACACUUCUACCUUUUGUAUCAUGACGAGACAAUUUUCGUACAUGUCUCCGCAUGACCAAAGGACUGUCUCGAGAGGCCUGAAGACCCAGUGUGUGUGACAUUGGUUCCUAGAUCCGACUAUAAAUAGGUAAUCACGAGUGGAAAUGACACUGGGAACUGGAUGGGAGCCUCCGUUUCUUCUGAAUGAGCAGUCAAUAAUCCGCUUCGUAGGUGGGAAGCGAGCAGCCCAAGCUGCGAGACCUCUGUCGUUUUGAUCAGCUUUAAUAGUGAAGUUCCGCUCCGAGCUCGUCGAAAGCAGAUUUUGAGGAGUUUUGUUUCGCGCUGCAGCUGUCAAUUGGUUCCCUCGUGCUCUGUAUUUGGAAUUUCGUCUCAUCCUGCUUGGCCAGCGCAGGGCAGUGCAGUGCAGACGACGACGACGACGACGACGACUGGCGCAGGGCGACCAAGGAGUGAGCGGAAAUUGCCGUUAACUUAGCCCGGCAGAAUUGGAGUGGUCGGUCUUUCAUGUCGAGACAUCGAAACCAGCGGAGCUGCAGGAGGACCCAGAACAAGUGGGUGUGGGGUUCCUGACUGUGGUCGAGCAUCAGUAGUGCCACUGUGCGGAUUGUACCAUCAGCACAAGUAGAGGCGGAGGAGGAGGAGGAGGAUGCGGAGGUAGUAGUUCUAGUCGUAGAAGAGAAGAGAGGAGUAGAAGUAGCAGUAGCUGUAGUGAUGAUGAAUGAGAGGAGUGCAGCUGGGCCGACGACGAUGGUCCUGUGAAGACUCUUCAGAACAGCGAGAAGCAGAGAGAGAGAGAGAGAGAGAGAGAGCAAGAGAGGUAAACCGAGGCAGGCAGGCAGUGAACGGAUUGUCGCAUGUUUUGACGACCAUGGCAAGAGAGACACGGACGGAGCGCAUGUGAGGGAGGGAGGGACGAAGGGAGGAGCAGGAGGCAGGGAGAGAGGUGUGCACUGCAUUGUUCCUCUGCCGCUGCUGCUGUAGAGUAGAGUAGAGAAGCGACGAGAAGACGAAAGGGGCAACACAGGGGCCAGCGAGUCUAGUGUGCUUGUUGUUGUCAGUGGCAGCCUUCAUUUCGGACAAUAGCGAGGAGAAGGGUACAGAGAGAGAGAGAGAGAGAGAGAGAGAGAGGAUAAUGGUGAUGGAUUGCAGGGUGCGGCCGUGGGGGAUUGGGCUCGGCAGACACAAUACAGUGUGCGUUUCUUGUGGAUGAGAGCAGAUAUGUGGUGGCAGCAGGCAGGCGGAGGCGAUAACGUAUAAUGCAGCUGAAAGCAUAAGCCAGGAUCAGAUUAAUUGGUACACAGAGCCCGUGCGGCGACUGUGGACGAUCGCCCUCUGUGUAGUGGUCGAGGUAGUUGCCUGGACUAGAUCCUCACCAAUUGAUGCUCGGAGGAAUUAGUCCUCGGACGCGAGCAGGAACAGGUUCUGUCCAGCAUCCCUGGACCUUGAUCCGCGACACGGGCUUGGCCCCACACAUUGCCUCGGAUUGCCGACACUCGGUUUUGUAAAGAUUUUGGAAUCUCCCCGCUCGUACAUCCGCUGCGACUUCUCGAUGACCCGACGCGUGCUUCGACGCUUUAUGGUGGAUGCCUAAUUUGAAGAUUUUCAUUGGAGGGGGGGUAUGCAGCGGUUAUUACCCGAACUCGGAAGACAGGAGCCAUGCUCAAGGGGGGAAUACCGAGUCAUUCCACCAGUAAUGGGAAAUCGAAAGAGUGGUGGCAGGAGGUGGACUUGAAAUCUCUGGCUGGACAGUUGAAAGCUGGUAAAGUGAAGCCACCGAUGCUACCUAGAUCCCGCAUGCAGGUGUGGUUCAUUCGUGCCAGUACCAGCAUUUUCCUGUGGACUUGCCUCAUUCAGCUUACGACGUUGAAAGACAUAUGGCAACCGCAAAUGCUCCGCUCGUGCUUCGAGCAGAUUCAUCCGCCCCUCCCAGUACGGAGUCAAUCUACUACUUCACCUUACUCCCCUUCCAGACUGUACAAAAGCAACGGAUUCCUUAUGGUGUCAUGUAACGGGGGCCUUAAUCAAAUGAGGGCUGCGAUUUGUGACAUGGUUGCAAUUUCUAAACACAUGAACGUCACGCUGGUACUUCCUGAGCUGGAUAAAACCUCGUUUUGGGCAGAUCCAAGUGAUUUUGGAGAUAUAUUCGAUGUGGAUCACUUCAUCUCAUCCCUAAAGGAUGAUGUCCACAUCGUCAGGGAGCUUCCGGAGGAGUAUGCCAGGAUGGUAGCCGAGGGGAAUUACUUUGGGCUGCCUCCAGUGAGCUGGUCUAAUCAAACAUACUACUCGAAUCAGAUCUUACCUCUUGUUCAGAAGUACGAAGUUGUGCGACUGAAUAAAACAGACUCCCGCUUGGCAAACAAUGGCCUUCCGUUGGCCAUGCAAAAGCUGCGUUGCCAUGUAAAUUAUCACGCUCUUCGAUUUACUCCUCGCAUUGAAGAAUUAGGUCGAAGAUUGGUGCAAAUUCUUCGUGGGAGGGGCCCAUUUCUUGUACUGCAUCUUCGUUAUGAGAUGGAUAUGUUGGCAUUUUCUGGAUGUACGCAUGGUUGUACAGACGAGGAAGCUGACCAACUUACCAAAAUGAGGUACGCUUAUCCUUGGUGGAAAGAGAAGGUAAUUUUGUCUGAUCAAAAACGAAAAGAUGGCUUCUGUCCGCUCACACCAGAAGAGACCGCGUUAAUCUUGAGAGCUUUGGGCUAUGACCGAGACACCCAAAUUUACAUCGCCGCUGGCGAAAUUUACGGUAGCGACAGAAGGAUGGCGGCUUUGCAUGCAGCUUUUCCCAAUGUGGUACGGAAGGAGAUGCUUCUGAGUAAGGAGGAGUUGAGGCCCUUUGUAAAUCGUUCAUCACAGAUGGCAAGUCUUGAUUAUUUGGUUUCGUUGGCAAGCGAUGUCUUCAUUCCUACAUACGAUGGUAAUAUGGCGAAAGUCGUGGAAGGUCAUCGCAGAUAUCUUGGAUUCCGGACAACCAUCCUCUUGGAUCGGAAAAGGCUGGUCGAGUUGUUGGAUGCGUAUGAAAGCAAGCAAUUGCAGUGGGAUGAGUUUUCGCUUGCUGUCAGGCAAGUCCAUGAAGGCCGAAUGGGCUCCCCGUUGAAAAGACGAGUAGUCCCUGGUAGACCGAAAGAGGAGGACUACUUCUACUCGAAUCCUCAAGAGUGCCUGUGUGAUGAACCCUCCCCCUCGUCUCGAACCUACUCGCGGAAUUUUUCCUUCAAGUGAAUAUCACAUUAUUAUUCUCCUAUUUUUUCCUGGUCGGACCUAGAAUUCUUUGAACCAUGCCAACCCGCUUCCGGAAGCGACGGUAGAUGUUUGUUCAUGAGGCCUGGGUCCUUUCUGCUUCUUAUCUGAUGUACAGGCUGAUUAUAAGCAAUCAGCGAACGUGGUAGACACAGUUGGGAAUGCAAUUCCCACAAGUGAGCUGCCAGGGUGCCCUCAAGAAAACAACUGAAGCCUCCGAGCCAUGCCGGUUGGGAGAGGUAAGUUAAGUGAACCGGUGAAGAUUUUAUUGCAUAAUGCCGCACCAGGAUGCGAUGAACUUUGAGGGAGGGAUCUGUGCUUCACAUAAGAGAAUGGAGCUGUACCUGAUCGCCCCAACUGGAGCAGUGAGGAGCCUGGGAUACACUCAUUCUAUGCUGUGCCGCUCUGGUGGUAAUGUGUUGGAAAUCCCAGGCUGUAGCUGAGACCUUUAUGGGUUUCCCCUUACUGUAAUGUAUAACUGUCGAUUAUGAGAUGCAGCCACUGGCGUUAUCUCGCAUUUGAGAAGCUAGUGAGUUUCAUUGAGGCAAACAUCUAUUUGAAGUUGCAUCAUUCAUGUCCGCUAGGGACAAUUUCAAGAGUAUUCAGAACUGACAGACUUUGAGGCGCGUUUAGAUUAGUUGGUCAGCUUGACACAUCGAGUAUAUUAUAUUGGCGAUUUGUUGGUGAUAACAGUGUGGAAUGUGAGCUUGCUGGAUCAGUUUCCUCAACUCUGCAGGUGGAAUUCCAUGGGUAUUGUGGCAUUGUCAACCUUGUCCUGGUAUGCUCCAGGCGAAGUAGUCUGUCUCGAGUUGACAUGUCGCCUUGGGCUCGCCAAAGCUUUAAGUACUGUAAAAUCCCACCUUUACGGUAGGAUUAGUAACCACGAAUAUGAGGUGGAGCUAUCCUUGUU